GGCUGAGCCCGGGCCGGCCCCCGCGGCGCUGUCAGCCCGCGGCGCGGCUCGGCUCAGCUCGGCUCGGCACAGCCCGGCGCGGCUCUGCUCGGCUCGGCUCGGCAGGGCGGCUCGGCGCGGCUCUGCUCGGUUCGGCACGGCUCAUCGCGGCUCGGCAGGGCUCAGCUCGGCUCGGCUCAGCUCGUCUCGGCUCGUCUCGGCAGGGCUCGGCUCGGUUCUGCGCAGCUCGGCUCGGCUCGGCUCGGCUCGGCUCGGGGAUGGCGGUGCCGGAGCCGGACGCGCGGCUGGCGCAGGAGAAGGAGGAGGAGAGCGAGGAGGAGAGCGAGAUUCUGGAGGAGAGCCCCUGCGGCCGCUGGCAGAAGCGCCGCGAGCAGGUGAACCAGGGCAACAUGCCGGGCAUCCAGAGCACCUUCCUGGCCAUGGACACCGAGGAGGGCGUGGAGGUGGUGUGGAACGAGCUGCUCUUCACCGACAAGAAGGCCUUUAAAGCACACGAGGAGAAGAUCAAGACCAUGUUUGAGCAGCUGGUGCUUGUGGAUCACCCCAACAUCGUGAAGCUUCACAAGUACUGGCUGGACGUGAAGGACUCGAAGGCGCGGGUCAUCUUCAUCACAGAGUACGUGUCCUCGGGGAGCCUGAAACAGUUCCUGAAGAAAACCAAGAAAAACCACAAGGCCAUGAAUGCCAGGGCCUGGAAGCGCUGGUGCACGCAGAUCCUGUCCGCUCUCAGCUUCCUGCACUCCUGCGAGCCCCCCAUCAUCCACGGCAACCUCACCAGCGACACCAUCUUCAUCCAGCACAACGGGCUCAUCAAGAUCGGCUCAGUCUGGCACAGGGUGUUUGCGAACGCCCUCCCGGACGACUUGCGCAGCCCCAUCCGCAUCGAGAGGGAAGAGCUCCGCAACCUGCAUUUCUUUCCCCCGGAGUACGGCCAGAAGGCUGACGGGACGGCUGUGGACAUCUUCUCCUUCGGGAUGUGUGCGCUGGAGAUGGCAGUGCUGGAGAUCCAGAGCAACGGGGACACGCGGGUGUCGGAGGAGGCGAUCGCGCGAGCACGGCACUCUGUGGACGACCCCAACAUGCGGGAGUUCAUUCUGUCGUGCUUGACGCUCAACCCCGACAAGCGACCGACAGCCAACAACCUGCUCUUCCACCGCGUGCUCUUCGAGGUCCAUUCCCUCAAGCUGUUGGCGGCACACUGCUUCAUCAACAACCAGUAUCUGAUGCCAGAGAAUGUGGUGGAGGAGAAGAUAAAGGAGCUGGACCUGAACAUGGUGAUGGCAGAGAUACGGCGAGAGGGUCGGCCCGGAGCCCAGUGGAGGUACUCAGAGGUCUCCUUCCUUGAACUCGACAAGUUCUUAGAAGACGUCAGGAACGGGAUUUAUCCCCUGAUGAACUUCGCCGUUUCCAGACCCCACGCCCUCCCGCGCGUGCUCUCCCAGCCCCAGGAGGACCCGCAGAAAGCCAAGACGCCCACCCCGGAGCCCUUCGAUGUGGAGACCAGGAAGGUGGUGCAAAUGCAAUGUAACAUGGAGCUGAACGAAGACAAGAGCCAGUGGCACCUCACGCUUCUGCUCAUCCUGGAGGACAAACUGCAUCGACAGCUGAGCUACGACUUGCUGCCCACUGACAACUCCAAGGACCUGGCCACGGAGCUGGUGCACUACGGAUUCAUCCACGAGGACGACUGUGAGAAGCUGGCGAACUUCCUGGAAAGCGCCUUCCACAAGUACCGGUCUCCUCCCUUGUGAGCGCCCUCGCCGGGGCUGGGGCGCGCAGGACCCGCGGGCUCCCGGCCCGGCCGUUGCAGGCCCCGCGCGGCGCACGCCGGCUGCGGCGCCCACGGGCACCGCCGGGGAGGAGCGAGGAGCAGACACCAAAUUACACGAGCAUCACAGGCAGCCGCGCCGGCAGGAGCCCGUGCUGGUCCCCAGGGCGCUGGGGAGCGGGGCUGGGGGUCACCCCCUGCAGCCCCUCCUGAUGGUGUUUGUGAAGGUGCAGAGCAGCUGCAAGAAGCCCCCAGACUGAUAAAUUUGCCCCGGGAAUGACGAGCUUUUUUCAGUGCAGGUCCCAAAGCUGUUUUUCCCUCUCCCACCCGCAGGAGGGAGGAGAGGAGCAGGCUUGGAAAGCUCUGGCAGAGUUUCUGAUCCGCCACAUUCCAUUCUUUUCCCCAGUUUCUCCUGUUCUGGUAAGGUUUCCCCAGCACAGAUGAGCCACUGUGAUGCCUUGUAAUUAGAACUUGGUGUAAGCUGAGGAGAGGACUGGGUGAGCUGGAGCUGAUGCGGCAUGAGAAGAAAUUCCAGAAACCCAAACCCACCAGCUGGAUCCAAACGUGGGUCAGCAGAAACCCCACUGGUGCUGAACACAACCCUCGUCGUGCCCCAGUCUGACUUACAGCCUUCCAAAAUCUCCUGGCAUCCUAAGGGGAAAACCCCUGAUGUCUCUUCCUUCCCUCUUCCUCCUGUGCUGCUUGGAACUUCGUUCAUCGGCCUGGAGAAAGGGGCAAUCAUCCGUGCUGCUGCGCACGUCGGCUUCAGCUGCUGGAAAGUGCAAAUAGGAAUUAUUUGUGUCGCAAAAGCCACGUGGUGCUUCUCGAAGCUGCUCGCGCCACGCGGAGCCGGCUGCCUCGUGCUGCGCUGUGCUGCUGCUGUGCGCUCUGGUGCUCUGCGCCGCGCUGCCUGCGUUACGCUGCCUGCAUUUGCUGCCUGCAUUUGCCGCCUCUGUUUCGCUGCCUGCAUUUGCUGCCUCUGUUUCGCUGCCUGCACUCGCUGCCUGCACUCGCUGCCUCUGUUUCGCUGGCUGCCUUCGCUGCCCGCGCCGCGCAGCGCUGCCCGUCGCGCAGCACUGGGCCGGGUUCUCCGUGCGGGACGCUGUGCGGAGCUGCCGACCGCGCUGCGUUCCCGCUGUGCUGUGCCAACUUCACAGACUGACAAAUCAAUAAAGCCGCCAAAAGCAGCUUUUCUCAUCAGA